AUUUUAAGGUGGAGACGAAAGCCAGCACACCCUGCGGCUCUCCAGGACCAGGGUUGCCGACCCCUGGUCUAGUCCAUAGAUUAGCACAACAAUAGAAGGCGCUAUGUGGCUUGUCACGAUGAUAGUCUCAGCGUUGAAAUUCACAGAAGAAGACUUUCCAGGUUAGCGUUUGUUUCCGUUUCCGGGUAGUGUGUGUUUUUAGAAGAACGAUAUGGCAGCACGGCUGCUGCGGACUUGGCCCGUAUUGUCCCAGAUUCGCCUGGGUUCUGUGGGCCCGGCACGGUUCGUGUCUCAGACACCGUCUUCGGGUGCUGCUGGCACCACCACUCUAUCAGACCUGCAGCCCGCCCACGUCAAGGACAGCCACGGACAUGCAGAGGUCAGCGUCUACGAGAAGAAUCCAGACUUCCAUGGGUUCUCCGAGGACCCUGUGGCGGACAAAUGGAACAUGCGGUUCGCCUUCUUCUUUGGCAUCUCAGUGGCCAUUGUUAUGGGGGGGACGUUCAUCCACUAUCUACCCGACCCUGGUAUGAGGCAGUGGGCUCGCAGGGAAGCUGAGAAGUUGAUCAAACAUCGAGAGGCAGAAGGCCUUCCCCUCAUCAGUGAAAACUACUAUGACCCCAGCACGAUCACACUUCCAUCUGCUGGAGGAGAGCAGUAACUGCAAGAUUCCAAGUUUAAAGUGUGGUGACUGGAUGAUUUGAUGUCUUUUUGUUGGUAACCUGUUUGUCAUUAAACUAUAAAUAUUGAUUCAAA